ACAAAAUGACACACAACAGCUGUGAGCAUAAAGACUGCCUUGGUAAAUUGUGCCACCUACUGACAGUCUAAAUGUCUGGGACAGAUGUCCUUUAAAAAUAAAAUAAUAAAUCAUCGCUACUUGUAUGUGAAUAUUUUCACCGCUUAACUUAGAAAAUAUAUAUUCUAACAAAGAGCUAAAUAUGACGUUUUGGUAUCAGCAACCCAAACUCCACGUUGAUCAUGAGGAGGAAGCAUGUUGGCAUUUUUACCUUUAAAAUAAAACAAAAACAGAUUCAUUUAUUUUGGGAAAAUGAGCUAAUAGUUCAACAACGACAACGAAACUGUAAGUUUAAAUUAAAAAGUUGGUUCAGUGAAUAUUAUCUAUUAAUAAUGGACAAUGUGACGAUGUGAUGGCGCCAUCUACUGGCCACAGAUAUUAGUACCUCUGAUUGUUAGUGCAAGUCACCCAUACUAUUCGUCACAAUAAAUCGUCAUGUACGUGUCACUGUGUCACAUUAACGACAAGUAAUUUUAUCUGAUUAAUCUGUCAAACAGUAUUUUCCCUAUAUUGCCUUAAAUACCUAAUUGGCUGUCUGCUCGUCUUUUGAUAUGACUUUAAUUAGGCCUAAGGUCUUCCUGUGUCUGACGUGUGCGUGCGUGAGGUGUGCGCGCGCACUUGUGCGUGGUUCGUUACUUUCCGGGUUUGCUCGUCGUUGGUGCUGCAGCUGCAGAUAGAAAUACGCGUAAUAGAGCAACACACAGACCGAUGCUUCUGUUCGUGGUGGCGGUGCGUCAGAGCAGCGGGCAAACUGGUACUGGAGGUUUAUCCACAUAUCAAGUCAGAAAAAUAUGUUUCAAACACUUUAUAAAAUUGGUGGUAGUUAAAUAUUUUGGCUUUUCAUACAUGCAUUUCAUUUUGAAGCCACAUUAUUUUACACGUACAUUGGUUUCCUUGCCUUAGUAUGAGUUAGCCAGCAUUUAAUUAGCUUUAAGAUAUAUUGUUUAUAAUUGUUAGCAACAUGGCGGCGGCAGAGACGUUUUCCCCGGCCGGAUGUCACGUCUAUGUGUCAAUUUCUAUGCUCGCUGCCAGCUGACACUUGUACCAAGGAGGUGAGGUCAAAUUUGACUCUCUCUCUCCCUCGCUCGCUCUCUCGCGCGCGCCGUGUGUCUGUUCGUCUGUGUGCGAAAGAGAGAGAGAGAGAGAGAGAAGCUGCUGGCGCAUCAUCAUCCUCAUCAUGGCGGAUCAAGGCGAACCUCCGGCUCCCGGCCACCACCCGCAGCCGGCGCUGACACCCAGCUGGCCGAUUACCAGGGAGUCGUACGAGCUGCAGGAAGUCAUAGGCAGCGGGGCCACAGCUGUGGUGCAGGCAGCCCUCUGUACCCCCAGACAGGAGCGCGUCGCCAUAAAGAGGAUCAACCUGGAAAAAUGCCAGACUAGCAUGGAUGAGCUUUUGAAAGAAAUUCAAGCGAUGAGCCAGUGCAACCACCCCAACAUCGUCACCUACUACACCUCCUUUGUCGUUAAGGAUGAACUCUGGUUAGUCAUGAAGCUUCUGAGCGGCGGUUCCAUGUUGGAUAUAAUUAAGCACAUAAGUAAAGAAGAGGACAAAAAUCGAGCUCUAGAUGAGCCUAUUAUUGCUUCAAUAUUGAAGGAAGUGCUGGAGGGCCUGGACUAUCUGCACAGAAAUGGACAGAUUCACCGGGAUGUGAAAGCUGGGAACAUACUGUUGGGGGAGGAUGGCUCUGUUCAGAUUGCAGAUUUUGGAGUAAGCGCGUUCCUCGCCACCGGUGGGGACAUGACUAGGAAUAAAGUACGGAAGACCUUUGUGGGCACCCCCUGCUGGAUGGCGCCAGAGGUUAUGGAACAAGUUCGAGGCUACGAUUUCAAAGCGGAUAUAUGGAGCUUUGGCAUAACUGCCAUAGAGCUGGCGACAGGCUCCGCCCCCUACCACCGCUACCCUCCCAUGAAGGUUCUAAUGCUCACCCUGCAGAAUGAUCCACCCACUCUAGAGACUGGCGUAGAAGACAAGGAACUAAUAAAGAAAUAUGGGAAAUCAUUUAGAAAGCUAAUAAAUAUGUGCCUUCAGAAGGAUCCCGCCAAAAGGCCUACAGCUGCAGAGCUUUUGAAGUGUAAAUUCAUCCAGAAGGCCAAGAAUAAAGAACAUCUGGUUGAAAAGCUUUUGUCUCGUGCCCCAAAGAUUGCCCAGAGAGCUAAGAAGGUACGGAGGGUCCCAGGCUCCAGCGGGCACCUGCACAAGACGGAGGACGGCGACUGGGAGUGGAGCGACGACGAGCUGGACGAGGGCAGCGAGGAGGGGCAGGCGGCGGUGAAUCAGGGCCGGUCACGAAGGAUCAAAGAUGAGCUCAAAGAUAAUGAGGAGAAUGCCAACAAUGUCCCCAUUGAAGGCUUGUCUAUUCAGCAUCCCCAGGUUGAACCAUAUGAGUCCACGUCCUACAUUCAAGGCGCGGUGAACAUGGUACUGCGGUUGAGAAACUCCAGAAAGGAGCUGAAUGACAUCCGGUUUGAAUUCACUCCUGGCCGAGACACCGCUGAUGGUGUUUCCCAGGAGUUGUUCUCCGCGGGUCUAGUCAACGGCCUCGAUGUCGUUAUUGUUGCUGCCAACCUUCAGAAGAUUGUAGAUGACCCAACUACAUACAAAGUGUUGACCUUUAAGCUGGCGUCCAGCUGCGACGACGGCGAGAUCCCGGACGAGGUGAAGCUGAUUGGCUUUGCACAGCUGAGCGUUAGUUGAUGUUCUCUCGGACGCCUGAAGCAGGCGAGACGGGGUCGAGAGUUCAGGGCGGACAGACUGAGGAACACAUCAGCACUUCCUGCAACAUCUUUCACAGCAGCUCCCGCUGAAGGCUCCCUCCCUGACACCCCCCCCCCCCCCCCCCAGGCUAAACUGUGCCAUGGCCCCACCUGCAGUCUGCCACCGUAGCACACGACCCCCUGCUUACUGCCCUUAGAAACAUUCCACCGUCCAAAGCACAGAUCUGGAUCGAAGACAAAGCCCAGGUACCUAACGAUGCUCUCAGGUGGUGAAGGAGGCUAUGACGUAGCUUUGAAUGUGUUAUUUAUUAUUUGUUUUACUCUAUGUUAUUUUACUUCACGUUACCUCUUUAUUCGGCAAAACUCAUUAUUUAUUAAAAUGAGAAAAUAAUUUUUGUUUUUCUUUCUUUCACUGUGUUGUUUUAACACAGUGGAAAGAAAUUAGUUUUGACUCCUGCAUGACAACCCCCCGAUUUCAGAUGUUUAUCUGAGGUUUUGUCAGAAUGUAUGACUUGGUUAAUUUAUGGGGAAAAGCACAUUUUCAUAAUAACAGCGAAUGUAUAAAAGCAUAAUGUAUUUUUUUUCUUAGUCAAGCCUUGUUUUGCAUUGACAAGAAGGGAACUCUUUGACUGAGUGUGCAGAAGAAAAACGAGACCUGGGUGCUACUGUGUGUAAUUUGCUGCUCUCAACAGUGUUAAUGCUUCAAAAUGCUAGAGGUGCCUUGUUCUUUUUCUGUGCCUAAGAACGUAGCGUUUGAGACCCGCUGAUAUCCAUUUCACAAAUGUACGACCCCCAGCGAUGACGCAGCUCCGGCGAGUUCACCCUAACGAGACGCGCCGCAAUGCACUUUUGGGCCGAGCGCACGGACGCUCAGGCCCCGGAAGACAAGUUAACUGUACGUGCUUUCAUCACCAGACGCGUGAAAUAUAACUGCACCUGUGCUCAUGUAAUCCACGCUGGUUAGUGUUUGAAGAUGCCAGACUAAUGGGCCAACGGCAGCAGCGGAAGCGUCUUAGGCGCUAAAUGUACUGUGCGACAGGAUGAAACCAAAUCUGUUGAAACGGCGAUGAGCCAUUUAUUUGUCCAAUCAAGUCCAGUAGCUCCAAAUGAUUUUUAAGUAUUGAGGUGGUAAAAAGUAACUUUUACUAAAUGCUUUAUUUUAUGAAGUAACUUAUUGUGUUUUCUAUGUACAGUAUGUGGACCAUUUCAACAUACAGUAGUAGCCCUGUUCCCUCUGUAAUCGGCUGAUGUCACAUUUCUGACAAGGUGCAACAAAUAAAAACUUGCUAUUAUUAUUAAUAAA